AUGUUCGACACGUCUCUCUGGACAUCACUUCUUCUAGUCGGCGCGGUUUGCCUUCUGGUAAACUAUGUGCACGGACGCAGGGCUCGGUCUACGCUAAACAAUAUCCCGGGACCUCCCCCGUCCUCGUUAUGGGUUGGUAACCUGGGCCAGUACUUCGCUCGGCAUGGCUCGGAAUUCCAGCGUCACAUUGCUCAAGACUACGGACCCGUAACAAAGGUCCACGGCCGUUUCAAUAGCCCCAUUCUGUACGUGUCUGAUCCAAAGGCCCUACACACGAUCGUCGUGAAGGAGGAGCAUAUAUUCCAAAACUCUGAGGCAACGCAGUCAACCCGACAUAUCAUGCUCGGUCCCGGGUUACUGAGCAUGCAAGGAGAGAAACAUCGUAAACAACGGAAGUUACUCAACCCGGCAUUCUCGAUCAAACACAUGCGCUAUAUGCUGCCGAUAUUUUAUCAAGUUGUGGAUAAGCUUCGAGUGGCUAUCGAGAGACAGGUGGCUAGUGGCCCUCAGGAGAUCGACAUGCUGAACUGGAUGAGUCGUACCGCUCUGGAGCUGAUCGGACAAGGCGGUCUUGGAUAUUCGUUCGACCCGCUUGUGGAAGACGUGAAGAAUGAUUAUGGCGAUGCUCUGAAGAGCAUAGUGCCGAAUUUGGGGAAAAUAUUACCCAUGGUACGAUUGGUUCUCCCGUUUAUUGUAAGAUUAGGACCAGCGAAGUUCCGGCGAAGCAUAGUCGAUCGCAUUCCACAUGAGGAGGUUCAGGCUGUCAAGAAUACUGUUGACACAAUGGACCGUCGAUCUCGUGAGAUUUACGAAGAAAAGAAAGCGGCCAUUCGUCAUGGAGAUGAGGCUGUUUUGCAACAAAUGGGAGAAGGAAAAGAUAUCAUGAGUAUUCUUAUGAACGCAAAUACUACGACGUCGGCCGACGACCGACUGACGGAAGAUGAGCUGAUAGCUCAGAUGUCGACCUUUGUAUUUGCUGCCACAGACACGACGUCGAACGCGCUGGCUCGCAUCUUGCAGUGCUUAGCUGAGCGCCCAGAUGUUCAGGACAAGUUGCGCGCGGAGCUUCUCGAGGCCGGUGCAGGAGGCAGCUUAUCCUACGACGAGCUCGACCAAUUGCCUCUCCUUGACAGCGUUUGUCGGGAGACAUUGCGACUAUAUCCCCCGGUUCGAACAUUAACCCGCAAUGCAAACCAGGAUACUGUGCUACCGUUGUCUGAGCCGGUCGUUGGGAUUGAUGGGAGUCUUGUCCAAGAGAUUCCUGUUCCAAAGGGAACCACAGUCAUGAUCGGAAUCUUGGGCUGCAAUACCAGAAAAGCAGUAUGGGGCGAGGAUGCUGAUGAGUGGAAGCCUGAGCGUUGGCUCUCGCCGUUGCCUGGUACCGUCACAAAGACAACCAUUCCUGGUGUCUACUCCAACCUGAUGACUUUCAUUGGUGGCAAGAGAGCUUGCAUUGGAUUCAAGUUCUCCGAGAUGGAGAUGAAGGUGGUGCUAUCGGGUUUGCUGACUAGUUUUACGUUCAGCCUGUCGGACAAACCCAUCCAAUGGAUCGCUGCCGGUAUCCGCUACCCUUCCGUAGACAAGGAAGGGAAGAUCCCACAGAUGCCGCUCAAGGUGGGAAUCUUUACUGGCGCGAAGGCCUGA